CUGCAUGGAAUUGCACCAUAUAAUCCCCUGGACACUGUACUCUUACAAUUUACAACUACAUUUUCGAUUGAUAAUAUCGCAACUUGUUGAUUCCCAACUCUCCAAAUCAUCGCCCCUAGGAGAGAGAGAGAAGGAGAUGGAAAGGGAACCCUGUCUAGAUUUCCAACUUCCUCCAGGAUUCAGGUUUCAUCCAUCUGACGAAGAGCUCAUCGUUCAUUACUUGAAAAACAAAGUAGCUUCACGUCCUCUCCCUGUAUCCAUUAUUGCAGCAAUCGAUCUGUACAAGUACAAUCCAUGGGAGCUACCUAAGAAGGCUUUCUUUGGAGAAGAUGAAUGGUAUUUCUUUAGUCCAAGAGAUAGGAAGUAUCCCAACGGAGCAAGGCCAAACAGGGCUGCAGGAUCAGGUUACUGGAAGGCUACUGGUACUGAUAGACCUAUUCUCACUUCUUCUGGAUCAAAGAACAUUGGAGUCCAAAAAGCUCUAGUUUUUUACUCAGGUAGACCUCCUAAAGGAAUCAAGACAAACUGGAUCAUGAAUGAGUAUAGACUACUCGAUGCAACGAUGAAACCCUCCAGGCCAAAAGGGUCCAUGAGGUUAGAUGACUGGGUACUAUGUCGAGUUCGACAGAAAGGCAAUGUGUCAAAGAACAUGUAUGAAGUUCGGGAUACGCAGAACAAAGACUUGGUUUGGUACUCACCGAAGAUGGAAGAAGCAUUUUGUGCAUACACCGAUUAUAACACUGACAUGAUCGCUGAUUGUUUAAACAAAGAUUUUAGAUUCUUAGCUUCAAUACUUGCUGGCCAAACUUCACCUCCUAUUGAAACCAUUUCAUGUGUUAGCAACCAAGGGAGCAAUAUGGACAACAGUUUUACUUCGGUUUAUGAAGAUGGUAGCAAUAAGUUGAAUUCUCUGGUAACAAUUUCUUCUUUCGACAAUUACAGCUCACUGAAGAGGAAAACUAGCGAGGAAAGUAGCCAUGACAAUCUCCAUCCAUCCAACAAGAAGCUAAACAAUGGAAAUAGAGAUGAGGAUUUUCUACCUGGAGACACACUAGGUAGCAGUUAUCUGAACUACUACCACCAAAACCAAUCACAAGAAAGCUUCUACACUCCAAACACAUUUGAUCCAGUCAGUGGCUUUCUUGAGCUUAAUGAGUUGGCCUUCAACGGCAAAUAUUUACAAUAA